CAAAAAUAUUCCUAAAAUGUGGAAAUUCCUUGUUGUUCUCACAAUUGGUAUCUUCUUGCUCUUCACCAUAAUAAAAUUGCUGCUUGAUUCUCAAGCUCUGGAAGGAGAUCUCAUACUAUAUGACAAGGUGGCCAUAAACUUAAUGGUGAUCACUAGCUUACUUGACCUUUCAUUAGGAGUAAAUAUAAUGAUGAUUGCCAUCGCUCAGUGCACUAGAGAUAAAACUAUCAGGGACUCUACAAUCGAGUUCUCUAUAGCAAAUAUGAUUCUCUUGUGUGUCUUCCAGCUUCUCUGAGUAAUAUAUUAUACUGUAUAUGCCCAAGCUAUGAAACCAAAUAUAUCUACUCUAUUAGGCAUCAUCUGCACAAUCUCUGCAUGAAUCCUGAUUUUGGGAAUUGUCAUAUUAUGAAUACAUUACUGAACGCACAAGAAGCUGUCUGACUCUGACAAUUUCGCUAAGAAGACCCGUGAUGGUCCAAAAGGAAGAAGGAGUUUAGAGAAGCAGUUUGAAAAUAUAAUUCGGUCUUUGCCAACAAUAAUUUAUCAGGAAUAUCAUGAUCUUAAGACCCAACAGUGAAAUAUUUGCGAAGAAAUAUUCUCUCAUGGUGAGUCUCUCAAGGUAUAUCCUAAAUGAUAUCAUAUCUUUCAUCAUGAGUGAAUCAAAGAGUGGUACAAGAAGAGACAAAGCUGACCUAUCGAUGGCAAUAAGAUAACCGAGGCUGAUGUAGACAGGAUGGACAACAUCGAGAAUAAAAUUACUAAAGGGAAGAAAUAA